ACGAGCUGCUAUCGAACAAUGUCAACUGCCAUCCAAAGAGGCUCGGGAGGGACUUGUCAAGUGCUAGUACCUGCUGGCUGGUCUCAACUGAUUCUCACAAGCGAAACCUCUUCAUCAGCCAGCAAGCGGAACCUGAGAUUACCCUUGAUAGACUUGCUCACUUCUCGCAGCCAUUGUGUUCACUUGACUCACAUGCAGCCGCCAAGCCGUCACAUGCUCAUCACGAUGAGAGUUAUCAUAUCACAUACCCAAAGGACAGUAAAUUGCUGCACUGAUGCCACCAAUCUGAUCAAGAACAUGAUCUGUAGACGUGGCGCGCACUCAUACAUGCUACAGGCGCAUCUUACGUAGAUUAUGCGGUCUUCGAUACAAAGCUUCCAUGAGAAGCUUAAGACGUGGGAUGCACCUUUGCCAGAUCUCGGACUUAGAGCCUCACUUCUUAUACUUCGACCGAGGUUGAGCGUCAACAGACUUUCAAGAAACGAGCGCCCGGACGAGGAUAAUCAUGAUCAGAGGUGUGCGAGCCUGUCAGGUGUCAGCAGUCCCACGCGUAGCGACUCGAUUUUCAUUCUGCACGAAAACGCAGCGAUCUCUACAUCUGAAGGCAUCAACUAUUUCGACAAGCAUGAUCUCAAGGAGAGCUACAAACUCGGGGCUCGGGACCAAAAAGUCACGCCGCCUGUCAUCUGCAAGUCCUCGACAUUUUCUGACCCGGAGCAAACUCGCGAUGUUCACACGAAAAGGUCACGAUAUAGCGUGCACUCGGCAGAUGGACGUGCUACUCCAGUCAGUCGAAGUCAUGAUGACAAGUCAGUUGAGGAAGAGCAAUCAGCUCCUUAUGCUAAUAAGAUCCGCUCAAAAUCUCCCCACCUUGAUGCCAACGAGGAAUCAAACCCUACUCAGCAGAUUGAAAGCACGAAGGGCGCUCCCAUACCAGAAGAAGAGUCCGAUUUAUCAACCGAGCUGAGACGGUCUGAGGGCGAGAAGGUCGAAGAAGUUAACCAUUCGCGUUCAUUCCCGCCCAGAGUGAGUAGUUUAGCAUACUCCAAGCAGCACGCUGCAGCUGUGCAGGCCCUGCAAGCAGAGUCUGGAGUACCUCUCCCUUCGGCUGCACUAGACAAGCAUCAUCCUCUUGCUUCUGACUUUGGACCUUCGAAAAACGCAGUUCCACAAGAGGCUAGGACACCGCAAGCAACCAGUAAAGCUGAUAAAACGCAGCAGAAGGGCUCUGAAUCACAGACCUCAUUAAGAGGCACUCCAGCAGCGACUGCCACUCAGCCGUACUCGACCCAGUCCAAACAGCUGUCAAAGCAGAUUGAAAAGAUGUUGACUUUCAUGACCAAUGGACAUGCAGGUGCGCAGGAAGGGAGUAUUGGAAAACGCACUGUUGAGCGUACUCGGCUUCUCGAUACUCAUGUGGACUCUUGCAAUACUAAUGCCUCAUCUUUGCCGGGCAUCCAACAGGGAAAAGCGAGCAACGAAGACAGCGGAUUCCACAGGCUCAAGAGUAAGCGAAGCUUUUGGCGAAUCGGAUAUGCCCUGCCCUCCGCUACUCAAGCAGACAAGCACAAGUCAGAGGCUAUACGUGGAUACGAGCGUGUCAAUCAGGGUGGCAAAAUAGAUUCCAGAGGAUAUCAGAGCACUGAGCGAGACGUAUACGACCUAAUCAACAAGAUCAACACGAUCCGAUCCGAUCGGGAGUUGAAGCCGUUGGAGUACUGCGAGAGACUAUGUGCAGAGGCCCAAGAAGAAGCAACAGCUCACGAUCUGCAAACCGAAAGUGCGACACUAUACGGCGCAACACCCGACCUGUCCAGUGGCAGCGCCUUGUGGUUUGAUGACGAAGCAUCAAAAGCCAUCCUGGUCGGACCUACUGGGUUCGAUGGCCUGACGACAGCAGAUAUUUGGAUGCAAGGCAAAGAACCUCGUCAUGAUCAAAGGAACCACAAAAAGGUUGUCGAUGAUGCCAUCCAGCUCGAGCAUUGUGCUUGCUACAACCACAAAAUGUAUGUGGCACUUGUUGAUGAGCUCUGGAGCAGAGUUGGUAUGGCGAGGACGGAAACAGAUGAGCGCUGGGUUGUAGUCCUUGGUGAGCAGGUCGCGGAAGAGGACUUGCUACCACGAAAUGUGAACAGCAAGAAACCAGCCAUCAAGCGGAAUCCACUGCCACAGAAUCCAUAUGCUGCCGAGUAUGGAGUCAUGUCUCCAUACGAGUGGGAUUCUAGUGAGGACGCCGAGCAAGAUACAGUUGCAGGGUCCUCUCGACCUCAUUAA